AUGUCAUCGAUAUCAAAAAGGCAAUUACCUGAAUCAAGUGAGAUGAGUGAUUCAGAUGCUAUUCGGCAUAGCCGCAGAAAAUAUACCCGUUUAGAGGGAACGAAAGGAACGGCUGCUGCUGAUUUAUUCGAGCAUGAUCUUGAUGAAGAUAAACCCCAAAAUGAUAACUGUGGUGAAUAUAAAUCAAAACAUACAUUGGAUAGUGAUGAAGAAGAGGACAUCAAGUAUACGAAACUCGAUAUUGACAAGGUCGAAGGACAAGAAGAGGCCGGAAUCGAAUUUGAAGGCAAUACAAAGAUAACAGCAUUCAAUAUGAAAGAGGAUCUUGAGGAUGGUCAUUUUGAUACUAAUGGAACUUUUAUUUUCAAUAAGAAAGAACGUGAUAUAAAAGAUGCCUGGCUUGACAACAUCGAUUGGGCGCAUAUCAAGAAAAGAGCUGGUAGUAAUUGGAACAAAACUGAUGAAGAUGAUAAUGAUGCUGCAGUUAAAACAAUGGACGAUGAUGAGCUGAAAAAUGUUUAUGAAAAGCUGUUAUCGCUGUUACAACCGAAUGAAAAUAUUGAAAAAGCGUUGAAGAGGCUUGGAAAACAAAAGCUGCCUCUAUUCAAACGUUGUGAUAUUGCAGUGAGCGCAGCUGAAGAGCGUAAACGACGUUGGGCUGCUAAAAGAGAAGGAAAAACGUAUGAAGAUGAAAGCGCAUUGAGUGUGAAAGAAUUAACUGGUUUGGCAGAUUCGUUGGUAUCGAAAGGUGAAAUGGAAGCAUAUCAGUAUACCAAGGAAAAAUUGCAAUUAUUUAUUAAUCAGUUAGAAAACAAAGCAGUUGAUGAAGUGGAUAUGUUCUCUGAUAACAAUCAGUCAACCUCGUCACCAUCACACUCUAAUAAAGAUUCAUCGUCUGUUGGAAAAUCAGAGGUGAAGAACGAUGCUGGGGAUGUUGUUAAGUGGGAAUAUAAACUGUCCGAGAAAGAAGAUGCGGAAAUUCAUGGACCGUUCAGCAGCGGGGAAAUGUUAAAGAUGCAAGAAGAGGGCAAAUUUGAGGAUGGUGGAUGGGCAAGAAAAUAUGGAACGAAAACGUUUUACACGGUGGCGAGACUCGAUUUUGAUAUAUAUACUUGA